GGCGACAGCGGCGGUGGGAUCCCGCGCUUGGCCUGGCGCUGGCUUCGGCCCCCUCGGCGGGAGAGGUUCCCCCUCCCCAGAGGGACUCCGAACUACCCUGCUGAGUUUUCGGGAUUGAUGUGAUGGCUGAAGUUGGUCGGUGGGAGACAGCUGGAGGCCCAGAGCAUGGUCUGGGGCUUGCACAGUGCCUAUGAUCUGACCCACAACCUCUGCUUUGCUGGGACCACCAGGAUGGGGAACAGUGGCUCAGCCGUGAAGGUCUGCACAGAUCACCAAGGAGGCAUCAACUGGCUGAGCCUGAGCCCGGACGGGCAGCGCCUGCUCACGGGUAGUGAGGACGGCACUGCGCGGCUCUGGAGCACAGCCGACAGCCAGUGCCAUGGCCACUUCCAAGGACAUGAAAGUUAUAUCACCUUUUGCCACUUAGAAAAUGAAGCUGCCUUCACAUGUAGUGCAGAUCAUACCAUUCGAAAGUGGGAUGUGAUGACAGGUCAGUGCCUGGCCAUUUACCGAGGACACACAUCAAUUGUGAACAGGAUCCUGGUUGCCAAAGACUAUCUCUUUAGUGGCUCCUAUGACAGGACGGCCCGCUGUUGGAGUGUGGACAAGGAGAAACAAAUCCAGGAAUUCCGGGGCCAUCGGAACUGUGUCCUGACUCUAGCCCACUAUUCCUCCAGGGAUGUUCUUGAAGAAGAGGAGGAGGAAGAGGAGGAGGAGGAGAAAGUAAGCAGAGACCUCCUGGUGACAGGUAGCACAGACUGCACUGUUAAGGUCUGGUGGGUGUCCAGCGGGCGCUGUUACCAGACUCUGCUGGGACACACUGGGGCUGUCUUAUGCCUUAUACUUGACGCACCAAACAGGGAGCUGUUUUCUGGCAGCACGGAUUAUACCAUUCGAACUUGGAAUAUUGUCACUGGUGAGCAGUUGAAGGUGUUCAAAGAGCAUCAAGGAUCAGUAAUUUGCCUAGAGCUAGUGAAUCGGCACUUGUAUUCAGGAAGCGCGGACAGGACAGUGAAAUGCUGGUUAGUAGACACUGGGGAGCGAAUCCAAACGUACAAGGCUCACAAACACAGCGUUAGCACUUUGAAAUACCACGCUGGGAUCUUGUUCACGGGAAGCGGCGAUGCCUGUGCAAGAGCUUUCAAUUCCAAGAGUGGUGUCCUGCAGAAGAUCUUCCGAGGACACAAGUUCAUCAUUAACUGCAUCCAGAUCCACAACGAGUUGCUCUACACAGCUUCCCAUGACGGCACGCUAAGGAUUUGGGACAUCCGGGGAAUAUGCAAGAGAAACAAGCGACGUUUGAAGAAGGAGAGGUCUACCCAGGGCCAGGGCUCUCAGAAGGGAAGUCUGUCUCGCCUCUUCAAUAACAAAGUUGGCUGCAUGGUACAGCAAGAAAAUGGGGAACAUGAGGCCGUUGAACUGAUGUGACCCCACAGCAGGCUUCCCAGCAGUGACCAAAGCUGAACCUUUUGUUUUAUGCACCACUGUGUCCAUGUAAACCAGAACUUGGAAAGAGAUGGGAAAGAGCUUUUGGGAAACCUCUAUUUUAGGAGCCGGGAUUCUCUGAGAGUGGCAGAUGGGCUCAAGUCAGAUUCUGUCACUGCCGAUGACUCACAUCUGAGCAGCACUGGGGACAGGAGAGACUGCAGUGUGGUUCAGGUCAGGUAUCUUGUGUGUGUGUGUAAUUAAGAACUUUACUCACAACUGCUUGUUUUCAGUUCCCUCUGGCACAGAGAUGUUGCACACUUCUACCUGUCUAGCAUUUAGUAAGAAAUGUUGUCUCCUGUUCCUGUGCCCCCUUGCCUGCCCUCUGUUCAGCCGACUGGGAAUGAAAGGUGCGCUGCAGUACGACUACAAAUCCAAUUUUCACAAUUGACCUUCGGGUCAGUUUUUUGCUGAUAUGACCAUUUGAUGCAGAAUGGAAUGGCUCAGCAGCAGUUUAAAGCAGACACCACCUCUCUGGGAAGUUGGGAGUAGUAGGACAGACAUUAAAUUAACAAAAGAGAAGCUAGAAAACAAGCUCGGUCUCAGGCCUUUGGUGCCAAGGUCAGCUCUUUGCCAAGACGCAGCAGUUGUCCUCCUCCCCAAAACCUGGCAGGUUCUUUUUUUACCUUUGAUGAUCUCUCACUUCAGCUGUUCACUAGGUUACCAGGUCUGCAUGGCCACUGUUUGGUUGGCCUCACGAGGGAAAGGAUUUCCUUAUAUCCACUGGGAAAUGUGUUUUUCAGAGGAGAGGAGAGCAAACCAGGAGGACUUAUUGGGCACUCUAGAUUUGUUACCUUUCCUUAUUACAAGGUCAUGUCUAGCCCUGGUUUUCUAGGUGUCAAAUAAGUAGUCAAGCUCAAGAGAAGCUCUCCCAGUCUCUUUCCAGGUUCAUCCUUCUCUGAUAACCACUGAGCCAUGAAUAAACAAGGGUUCUUUUAUUUUUCUAUUUGCAGAUAUAACUCUUUGUAGAACCAGUACAGAAGUAUCUAACCACAUGUUUUUAUUUUUAUGGCUUUAUUUAUUCUGUACUACAGCAAGAUAAAGAUGCUGUAAUCCUUUUUUAGAAUGGACUAAUAAACAUGUGGCAUCUACAGACAACUCAUUGUCUAGGUUUUAUUUUCAUUUAGAGGGGAUUUGGCUGGCUGCAGCUCAGAAUGGAUGGAAUAUGGCAAUACAUACACUUUUGGAAAUAUUUCUUACCUAUUCCUCACUGGUGGGCCUGUCAUUGCUUGUUCAUCACUCCUGACAAGCAGCUUUGUUUGCUCUUACCUGGCAGGUUUCCGUGUUUAGUAGGAAACAGUAGUUUAAUUGUGUUAAGUGCAUACCUAGGGACACUAAUUUGGGGGGUCAUCUGCAUAGUGAAGCUGUAAUUCCACUGUAAAAGUCUUGGUCUGGUCAUUGUAGCUUGGUACUGGCCCUGCAAGACAUCUUUGUGUAAUGGUGGCUCUUGGUUGUUGGGGUGAUGGCUUGCCACACAGCUCAUUUUGUCUGUAUGUUGCUUAUGAGGUCAAUGCCAAGUAGGAGGCCUUUAUAUAACCUGAUGCACAGAUCAUCUUUUUGUUUAGAUCUUUGGAUGCAGGAUAUUAGACACAAGAACUUAUCUGGCCCUACACCAGCUGCCCAUUGAAUUAGGAAAUGGAUUUCAUAGACAUAGAUCUCUAAGAAUUCCAUGAGGAGGAAUGGCUUCUCUGACAAACACUUCAUGUUACAAUGCUCAUUUUAAAUUCCCCAAGGACAAACCUUCACUUCUGAAGUUGUCACUGCCAGUCUGCUCUGCAAGCCACUUCAAAGAGGACAAAUGGCACCUGUACACCCCAACACUACUGCCGGUGCAUGAGGCCUCAGGGCUAGCCAAGGUAAUGCCAAUAGGCUUGGGAUCCCCCCCAGCUAAAGGAAGGAAUAAAUUUGUGCUUUCCCACCUGCUUCUUGCUAACACUACAUCCGUCACAUUGUAUGUCUUCAAUUUUAAAUUCUUUUGUAGAUGCUGGUUUUGCUCUGCAUUUUGUCCAGUUCUUCCUUAGGG